GUUUUGAGAUAAGCUGUCAUAUGAUCAUUAGUGUUCUUUCGUCAACAAAAAAAGCUUUAUUGGAGGAAUGAUAUAUAUAUUUUUUCAUUUUAUUUUCCUUUUGAAUAAAACAAGUUGAAGUAUUACAAAUUUACAAUCCUACAUCUCAGGUUUGCGAGGUUGUGUGUAAGAACGAUCUUGCCGAAGAGGAAGAAUAACCCAAAAGACGUCUCAGACAAGAGGGCCAAUGUGAUGGCGGGGAAAAAGGUAUUUGUCACUGUUGGAACGACCCACUUUAAUGCCCUAAUCGAGGUGAUGUCAAAGGAGGAGACCCUUAAGAUUCUUCACUCCAAAGGAUAUACAAGUCUUGUCUUACAAAUAGGUCAGGGAGACUUUGUUCCUCCUACUCAGAAGUGUCAUGGUGUUACCUUGUCAUUCUUCCGUCUAAAGCCCAGCAUUGCGGAGGACUUUGCUACGGCAGAUCUGGUCAUAAGUCAUGCAGGCGCCGGAUCUUGCCUUGAGGCCCUUGAAGCAGGGAAACCACUAAUAGCUGUCGUUAAUAACACGUUGAUGGAAAAUCAUCAGAGUGAGCUUGCUGAAGAACUCUCCAAAUCUGAAUUAUGUUUCUGCUGUUAUCCAUCCACAAUACAAGAAACUCUAGCAAACUUAGAUGUGUCAAGGCUCAAAGCUUAUGAACCUGGCCAACCCAAACUCGUGGCCAAAUAUCUAGACAGUGUCAUAAGAGUUUUUUAGUCAAUCGUCUCUUAUUUCAAAGGUGGAACUGGAAAUAUAGAGUUUAUGGUUCAUCUUGCUGAUACAGUUUAGCAAGUUUAAAUAUAUUAUGACUUUAUUUUAUGGAAGAAAUGAGGCUGGAUAAUGUGGCAUAAUUGUUAAAUCCAUUUUCUCAGUUUUCUGUAAAACGUUAUGACAUAGCAAGUUCUUUUUUCCCUCUAGUCUUCAAUUUCUGUUAUCAGUUUCAUUUCUUCAGAUCUGAUACUUCGUGUACAAGUAAAGAGUUUCAUUCAGGAAGUUUCUUUUGCUUGACUUUAUCUUUGAAUUUAAAAUUUAUUUUGGAUAUAAGUACGUAUAAAGUCAGGUCAUAUUCAUUUAUUGUUUAGCCUUUUGCUCUUGUGAUCUCAGUCCAUUACUCCAAAUUUAGUUCCAGGAGCAUUUUCCAAACAUAUCAGUGUGAUUCUUUUAAGUCUGUCUCACUCAAAGCAAAUUGAGUUGAAUCAUUGACUUCUAAAUUUCUUUAAGUGUUAAACCCAAGAUAAUCAAGAAAUCAGUCACUCCUUUCUCUGUUUCAAGGUAAAGUUUCUUUUUUUGACUUGUACACAUUUAGUUUGACAAAGAAUAAUUUGCACAUAUGAAGGCAUGCUUUCCAAAUGUGUCCUCAGACCACUUGCCCAGAAAUGUAUAAAAUAUUUUCUUAAUUCAACCUCACUUGUAAUAUAAGCAUUGGUAUGUUCAUACUAAUCAUGAGAUUCUAGUAUAUUGAUGUUUAUGUUACAGAUGAAAUUUAGAAGUAACAAAAUAUUUAAUAAGUGCAUUUUUAGGUAAUUGGGAUAAGAACACCUAAGAACACUUGUCCUCAUAUGAUGUCAGAGGUGCAGUUUAAUAAUAAUAUUCGUUUUGGUUCAGAUCUAUUUGCUUCAUGGGCUCAUUCUUACAUAUACAAUGUACUCAUUAUUGUAUGUUAUCAACUGUAAACUGGCUGGGAUGAACAACUAAAAAUUGAUUCUGAAAUUUUACCUUACAACUGGCCCUGAAGUGAAGAUCAUUUAUUUAUUUUUUUAUUGUAUGCCAAUAAUAUCAUUAAAAAUAUGAGAAAA